GAAGCAAUAGAUUCGUGGCAAGUCACAUCUGUACAUUCUGUGUACAUUGUCGGCAACUCGCUAAUAAUGGCUUCGGCUGGAAGGGCGCUGGCAGACCUUCUGCGGGAUGCGGCUAACCAGCUUGAAAACUUUUUGUACCCAAUGUGGCGCUAUGUUAUGUUUUGUGCAGCACCAAGGACCGCUAACGCGCCAGUUUCGUCUCCUCCUCCUCAUCCGUUACAUAACGGGACUCCCAGACACCCAGUGGACGCCGAAGUUUCAAGACUGUUUGGCCCCUACAUGGGAGGGAGGAGGACGGCAGGGCGGCAAACCCUUUCUGGUCCUGCACACCUGCAUUCUUAUACCCAUUUAUUCUGUUGCCUUGAGGACAAGAAUGCAGCCUUAGUCCCCAACCGAUACGCCAAAGAAAGACUCGCUGCUGCUGGCUUUGGUGAAAAACGGCUCACAUUUAAAGGCAGCCAUACAGAUUCUAAUGAAUUCCUCGAAUUCUUGAUGGAUGCCUAUCCAAAACUGCGGAACGGUGGCGGUUUCGAGUUGCUAAAAAUAUCUGGCACUACGAGAAGUCGCCACUUGAUUGUGAUCCCCUGUCCCAAUGAGGGUUACUAUGUCAGAUAUUUGAAGGACCCUCAGACCCAGAUUGGCCAUUCUACGGUUUUCAUUAGACCAAUGCAAAGAACCCUGAAUUUGGACCCUGCAUGUCGAUCAGAAGGCGACAACGUGUUAAUUGGACCAAAUCAGAAAUGUGUCAUCUGUGGAGAGGAGUUCCCCUUUUCCAGAAUCAAGGAUCACAGCAAUAACUGCACGAGACCAUCACAGAGCAGCGGUGAGGUACAGAUUGAGUUGACAACUGAAAGGGCCUCCGGAAGUCAAGUUAGAUUUGAAAGCACGUUCACAGGAGCACAGGGAAAUGAGACAACAAGGGCCAGGAACACAAGACACUUGGUGCCACCUCAGGAAAUGUUGCCUUCUCCUGAGGUAGUUGACAUCGAUCCCACUGAGGAAAGUGGCUUCUCUGAUUGGAGAAUAGCGCCAGAUCCCACAGAGGCAGCAAAGAUGUUUAAAGAAGACAUUUUAAGCCAGCAUGCAACUGGAAAAUCCUUGUGUCUGACUAUGGAUCUUGGAGACAGUGCAGAGGAAAGGGAAAGAGCAGUCCUUACUUUUUCUAAGAAGGCAAAUGUUGAGUGGGCUUGCCCCUUGACAUGCACACUUAAGGGAGAUCCAGCCAUUGGUGAUGGUGUGACUCGGCAUUUCUUUGCAACCAUCAUAUCAAAACUUCAGGCUGGUUUUGAGAUGAAGUUUGGUUUCUACAGGAUCAACCAGUAUCCAGUGGCAGUUUGA